UGGUGGUCUUGGCUGCCAUCAUGGGAGUCAAGGGUGCCCAAAAGAGGUGAAAUAAUAACUGGGGCCCAACGAUUCCUGAAUAUAAUGACAGACCUUUCUUAUAAAGCUGCUUAUCAGUCAGAAGCUCACUGGCCUAUUUUGCCUCCUUUAUACCUUGUGCCACAUCAACAGCCACGGACUCUGCACUUACCUGUCCAGCUGCUCACCUGAGAGGAAAGAGCCCAGCAGGUUAGGUUGUCUAACUGUACAGGGAGCGCAGGGAAGGAGCUGCAGUACCGCUCUUGGCCACACGGAGAGGGGGCGCGCUGGCACCAGACAAGAGGUUUAGGAGGGAGGCGGAGGAGGAGGGGACAAGUUCGCACCUUACUGUGUGAGUGUCUGUGAGCCCCAGACCUGCCCUCCCCCGGGACUCAGUCGGACUUACCUUCCGCUCUGCCUGCGCUACACCUGCUGGGCCAGCCCAUUGCGCGGAAAUGGGGGUGAACUGGCCGUAACCCCGAAAUAGCGAAAGCUCUGAGCGCAGCCCGAGGAGGAGGAAGAAGCUGCAGAAGCGACAGGAGAGCGGGGCGGGAGGAUGUCAUCCAAGGAGCGGCUGUACGAGCUGUGGCUUCUCUACUUCACUAAGAAGGACCUCAAUUACCUGCAUCAGUGGUUGGAAGCAUUUGUUACAAACUUUGAGAAGAUAAUUUUGGUGCAGACGUUGGAGCCAAGGAGGCCUGAAGAUUCUUCCUCAGAAAUCCCAGUGUUACCCCGAGAUGUUCUGCGGGUUGUGAGCCAGCAGUUAAGACACUGCACAGAAGAUCUUGCCAAUGGGCAAGAGGCAGGUACCAGCUUGUGCCAGGCCUUCCUACUGCUCAAAUUCUUCAUCAUCAUCAGCAGAAACCUAGAGAAUGUGGAAAAAGAGAGGACACCGAUCUUUGUCUGUGAAGUCAUCCAGCUCUUAACAGUAUCAGUUGCUCAGUUAAAGAAUCCAUCCCCAGAGGAGACAGCGGAAUUGCGGUCGCUAAAUGAAAAAGUCACUAUCUAUGCGUUACAUCUGUGUGAGUGCCUCUUUGAUCCUUAUCAGACCUGGAGAAGACAGAGAGGAGGGGAGAUUGUUAGUGCAAAAGAGAAGAGCAAAUACAAGUUCUCACCUGCCGCUUUACCUGCCGAGUUCUGCACCUUUUUUCACAUAGCCUUGUGUGAUGGAGAGAGUCUUCCGGAGCCUGUUAUCCUGCGGCUUGUCCACCUGUACGGAGCCAUUAUUACUGGAUCUAAGCAAAAUGCUCUGCUCCUCAUCACGUCGGCAUCGGUGGAGGUUCUCAUGCUGGUCAUGUGGAAGUGGUGCAUGAGCCACAGUGCGAGGAACCCUCAGAUUCUACAGCUUGCAUUGGAAUGCCUGACCUCCAUCAUCCACAUCUUGCAUGGCAGCAGCCCCAGCGAGAGGAGGGUGGAGAUCAGGAACAUCCUGGAAAGUUAUUUCAAGGUCCUGAACACUGACCGGCCAUUGUCUGAGUCUGAGCCACAUUUGGAAGAAGGACUGCUAGCCCUGCGCAUUGGCAUGCUGCGAGCGAUACCUGAGAUGCUGAACUGCACUGACCGGCCGGUAUUGCAGGCGAUAUUCCUCAGUAACAACUGCUUCGAACACAUCAUCCGGCUCAUUCAAAACAGCAAGCUUUAUCUGAGCAGGGGCCGUGCCCCAGAGGACAGUGGGAGAGAUCUAACCACUCGGUUACUCACUGAACUUGAUAUCAGAAAGGUUCAUGAUAGCGACUCAGACUCCAUUACUGUAAAUGCCAUUGGUGUACUGACUUCCAUCAUGAGAAAUUCCCCUGCAGCUAAGGAAGUGUUCAAAGAGCGGAUUGGUUAUUCCCAUCUCUAUGAGGUUCUGAAAAGCCGAAGCCAGCCCACCAAGCCCCUUCUUCAGGAGUUACUUAACAUGGCUGUGGAAACUGAUCAUAACUCUUGCUCUGUGCACUGCAUCCAAAAUGAGCAGCCACUGUUAAUCCUGGUCCAGUGGAUCCCUGAGCUGGCGCCCCGUGACCUCCAGAUACUGGUUUCUGAAUGGCUGAAAAGUACCUGUGACUCCUCUCUUCAAAACCGCAUGAUUUGUGUGCAGGCAGGAAUGGUUGGUCAGAUCCUCUUGGCUCUCCAACAUGAGACAGAACUAGAUGGCAAGUGCGUAGAAAACCUUAUCCAUCUUCUACAAGUACUGGGACGCCUCUCCAUCCGACCCACUGAACUCAGGGACCUGGUCAAGCUCCUUAGGACUGAGGGUAACGGCUGCCACCGCUAUGCAACUCAGGUCAUCCGGGCUCUCUCAGCAAUGGCCAGGAAGGAUGGUCCAGAGCGAGCCCUGCAGUAUUUUGAUCUAACGCCUAGUAUGUCAGGCAUUAUGGUGCCAACCAUGCAGAAGUGGCCAGGAACUGGCUUUGCCUUUCAUGCCUGGGUGUGCCUGAAUGAGGUUGAAACAGACGAGUUACUGGCUGGAAGAAAGCGCAAACAGUUGUAUAGUUUUUUUGCAGCCAGCGGGACUGGUUUUGAGGCUUUCUUUACCACAGACGGGAUGCUGGUGGUGGCUGUUUGCACCAAGAAGGAAUACAUGACUGUGGCACUGCCAGAAUUCCAGUUCAAUGACUCUAUGUGGCACUGCCUGGAUAUUGUACACGUCGCAGGGCGCCGUCCUUUUGGCCAGAAUAUGGUGUAUAUUUAUACAGACGGACAGCUGAGGGAGAUGGCCCAGCUGCGUUUCCCUUCCCUAAAUGAGUCUUUUACUUCUUGCUGCAUCGGAUCUGCUGGAAAUCGCACUACCACCACCAUAAUCACCUCUCCGAAUCACGCUCCAGACCUCACAUUUGCCUCCCACUCGGCCCUUAGCCGAUCUCAAUCCUUCCCUGCCUCGGCUCCGGUGCAUGGCUGGGGUCAGGGCUCUGCACAGAACUCCCGAGAGGGUCAGGUCUCUGUCAUAGUGGCAGGGACUCAGGACACAGAAUGGGGGAGACCUACAUCACUGGAAGGUCACCUGGGCACUGUGGCCAUUUUUCAUGAGACCCUGCAAGUGAAUCAUGUGAAGGCCCUUUAUCAGGCAGGACCAAAUUAUGUGACUCCAUUCAAGCCAGAAAGUGAAUUCUCUGAUCUAGGCCCCAAACUUCUGCUUUUCUACACACCUCAGGCAUCUAAAAACAACAUCUGCCUGGAUUUGUCUCCGAGUCGCUUGUUUGAUGGGAGGCUGACAGGACACCGGGUUGUGACGUGGGACAUUAAGGAUGUAGUGAAUUGUGUGGGAGGAAUGGGAGCCUUCCUUCCUCUUCUGAACCAGGUGGCCUCCCAGACCAGUGAGGCUUCAGAGACUCAAGAGACACAUGACCUUGUGGGUCCUGAACUCACCUCCUCCAGGAACGCCCAGGGAAUGCAGCUUCCUCUUGGGAAAUCAUCAGAGAGCAGACUGGAGCGGAACGGAGUUGCAGCUUUUCUUCUGAUGGUUAAAAACUUCAUCCAACACCACCCAGUCAACCAGGAGAGCCUGUUGCAGUGCCAUGGGCCAACUAUCAUAGGUGCCCUGAUGCAGAAGGUCUCUCCUCUUACAAUGGACAUGAACGUUCUUAUGGCCUCUCAGAUGCUGAUGGACCAGGUUUUCUCAGAUGGUCAAAGUCUUCUGCUCCACCACCUCUAUCAGCACCUGCUGUUUGAUUUCCGUAUCUGGAGCAACAGUGACUUUGCUGUUAGGCUGGGCCACAUUCAGUAUCUCUCCAACAUCAUGAAGGAUCAUAAGCAGCGUGUGAGGAAGAAAUAUGGCGUACAGUACAUUCUGGAUUCAGUCCGAAAGCAUUAUGGGACACAGAAGGAAGACCCAAUCACUGUAGAUAAUGUAAAGACGGUUCAGAUGUCGUUAUUCGCUCUGACCAAAGAUUUCCUCUCUAAGAACCUGAGCCCAGAGGAUCUGCACAGUGUCCUCAACUACAUCGCAGCUGUGAAUGAUGAGGAGCAGGUCAGCGGGAUGCUGGAGGUCCUUCACAACCUCUUAAAAGCAAACGUCAGCAAUGACCUGCUCUACACCUUCCUUUUGGAGCCGUGGAAUGUAAAUAUUUUCUAUGCACUUCUAAUCCAGAAGAGCUACUCCGACCAAGUGAGGGAAAGGGUGUUCAAGAUUCUGUACAAGCUGCUGAAAUACGAGAAGGUCAAUGAGCGGCUCAAGCAUCGGCUGAAGCUGAGAGAAAUCGGCUACCAAGGUUUUAUCACUUACCUGAGUGAGGUGCCAGUGUCAAUGCUACUUAUCCGCUGCCUGUCUGAGCAGGUGUUAGGAUCAGAUGUGUCUCCCAAUUACAAAGACCUGCUGUCCGUGGUUUAUUUGUCUCACAGGGCAGAACUUCCGGUGAAACUUGAUGUCUGUAGAAAGCUUUUCCACUUGAUUUAUUCUCAACAAGACAUAGUGCGACAUCUGGCCAAACAGACCGGCUGGCAGGACAUACUUACCAAACUCUACAUUAAGGAGUCGUACGAGUCUAGGCCAAGAAGUUUGAGCAGCCCAAUGUACUAUGGUGCUUUGACUCUAAAGAGCAUGGGCAGCAGUAAAGAAGAAAAGUCUGAGUCCUACAAGGAAGGCUUAAACAGUCACCAUGGAGCUGCAGAAAAUCGGGAUGUGGACUCUGUGUUCCCAGUCAGCUUUGAGGCUUCAGACCAGGAUUUCUCUGAAGGCUUUUCUGACCUUUCAUUGUCACCAGCUCCUAAACAAAAACCUUUUCUCGCCUACAACUUCAAGUCAUUUGACUCUUUAGAUCAAACCAGCUACUCCUCUUCCAAUAUCAUCGAUAUGCCUUGUUCAGAAGAAGCCAACUGCACUGAUUGCCAUUUAUUUGAAAAUGCCUACCAACCACUUUCUCCCUUUUCCUUGUCCCCUUUUGAAGUCCGCCUAGAUUUGGCAAGUGCCAGCUCAGCUGCAACCAUUGAAAGUGGGAAUCUCACUCCCGUCAGCCAGUCAGGGACCCCUUCUCCUUUGGAGACCUUCAAACCCUUUCCUGGAAUGAGGGUUCGUAAGAGUUCAAGUUUGUCAAAUGUUCUGGAUGAGAGUAGUUACCAAGAAACCUUACCUAGUGACACAGCUUCCAAUACCAGCAACCCACAGCAAACACCGGAGGAGGAGCUAUGUAAUCUGUUGACCAACAUCAUCUUCUCUGUGACCUGGAGGGGGGUAGAAGGUCAGGAUGACUUGGCGUGGAAGGAACGUGGUCAGGUGUUUUCUGUACUAACCAAACUGGGCUCAGCUUGUGAGUUGGUACGACCCCCAGAUGAAAUAAAAAGAAGCCUUCUAGAGAUGAUGCUGGAAUCUGCUUUCACUGACAUUAAAGAAUCCACACAGGCUGCAUUGCCCAGUCGUAUCCAACAUGUAUUGAAGCUGCUACGACUUUUGCAGGAUUUUCUCUUUUCUGAAGGUCAAAGCAAUGAGCUCCUCUGGAGUGAGAAGAUCUUUGAAGGGGUCAGUAACUUGCUGGACAAGCUGGGUGUCUGGUAUCAUUUAGCCAAUGGAACAUCAGAUCUGAAGGAGAUGGCUCAGAUUGGUCUACGAAUCAUUUUGGGGUUUAUAAAGCUGGAGGACAGACAGAUGCAUUCAUCAGCAUACGUGAAACUGCACAAUCUCCUGCAGACAGCUACCACCCCACAGAAGGAAGAAGCUUGUUUCUUGCUAGGGAAUCUGGAGGCUCCACUCAUGGACUCUCUGUAUGCCAAGACCGAGAAUGCCUCUUGGCUGGUGCCCAUUAUUCGUACUCUGAUGGACCAGUGUUUCGAGUCCUUGGAGCUGCAGUACCACUUGCCUUCUCUUCCUCCAACCAAUGGCAGUCCAAACUUCUAUGAUGAUUUCCUGAUAUUCUGCUCCACCUUGGAGUGGAGGGCCUUUAUAGACAAACAUGUUCAGCCCACAAUGGAGCAGUUUGAGAAGGACACCUUUGCAAAGAGCCAUAAUCAGAUGUCUCUGUUUUGGAAUUCCUGCUACGAUGCACUAAUGAGCAGCUCUUUAAGGAGAGAGUCAGAAAAAGGAGAGAGCCGAGCAAAGUUUCAGGAAUAUGUGCUGGAGCCAGUUAUGAAAAGGACAAAGAAUGAGAAUGCACGUUACAGCAGUGUCCUCAAGCAGAUUAACAGCCAUCACAAUACAAUCCUCAGGCAGUGGCGGUCCCUGCUUCGCUUAUUGUCCUGCCCACGGGGGGCCUGGGCUGACAGAAACCCUUCAGAGGUCAAAUGGAAAAUUUCCAGUGCUGAAACCUACUCCAGGAUGAGACUGAAACUUGUGCCCAAUUUUAAUUUUGAUCCACACAAGGAGGCCAGUGCUCAGCGGGACAACCUAGGCAUUGACCACAUGCAGAGUCUCACAGAUUCCUUCCCACUGGCAGUGGCAAAAGAGGCCAAGGUGAACGAGCUGGAGGAUGACCAGUUGGGAGACGAAGACCUGAAGAAUAUGAACCAAGUUGAAACCAAGGAACCAAACCAGAAAGAAAAACUUGUCAUCGCCGAGGACUGUGAGCUCAUUACGGUAGUGGCUGUGAUUCCAGGCAGGCUGGAGGUGACCACACAGCACAUCUAUUUCUAUGACAUGAGCAAUGAAAAGGAGGAAACAGAGGAAGGUAUUGGUUAUGACUUCAGACGUCCGCUAUCUCAGCUACGGGAGGUCCAUCUUCGCCGGUUCAAUCUGCGGAGAUCAGCCCUGGAGUUCUUCUUCAUUGAUCAAGCAAAUUACUUUGUCAACUUCAAGAAAAAGGUUAGGAAUAAAGUAUAUUCCCGAAUUCUUGGCUUGCACCCGCUCAAUCAGUCCACAUUGGGAAGCCGUUCUCCUCAGGAAAUGCUCCAGGCUUUGGGAUUAACUCAGAAAUGGGUAUGGAGAGAAAUUUCCAACUUUGAGUACCUGAUGCAGCUGAACACCAUUGCCGGACGGACGUACAGUGACUUGUCCCAGUACCCUGUGUUUCCCUGGAUCCUACGGGAUUACUUCUCCGAGACGCUGGACCUAAAUAAUCCAGAAGUGUUCCGGGAUCUCUCUAAGCCAAUCGGAGUGGUAAACGAAAAGCACGCAAGGGAAGUGAAAGAGAAGUAUGAAAGCUUUGAAGAUCCCACAGGUACAGUGGACAAGUUCCAUUACGGCACACACUACUCUAACGCCGCAGGAGUAAUGCACUAUAUGAUCCGCAUGGAGCCCUUCACCACCCUUCACAUCCAGUUACAGAGUGGGCGGUUUGAUUGCUCAGACCGGCAGUUCCACUCCAUCCCAGCUGCCUGGCAUGCUCGUAUGGAGAACCCAGUGGAUGUGAAAGAGUUAAUACCGGAAUUCUUCUAUUCCCCUGAAUUUCUGGAGAAUGCUAAUGGCUUUGAUUUAGGCUGCCUACAAGUAUCCAAUGGGAAAGUAGAUGACGUUGUCAUCCCAAAAUGGGCUACCUCACGCGAAGAUUUCAUCUACCAGCACCGAAAAGCCCUGGAAUCAGAGAAUGUUUCAUUACAUCUGCAUGAGUGGAUUGAUCUGAUAUUUGGGUACAAGCAGAGGGGGCAAGCUGCUGUGGAAGCCCUGAAUGUUUUCUAUUACUGCACAUAUGAAGGUGUGGUGGACCUGGAUGCCAUUGCGGACGAGACUGAGAGGAAAGCACUGGAGGGAAUCAUAAGCAACUUUGGACAGACUCCAUGUCAGCUCUUUAAGGAACCACAUCCCUCGCGUCUGACAGCAGAACAUGCAGCGAGAAGGCUAUCCCGAAUGGACACCUACUCACCCAAUGUGUUUGAGAACCUGGCUGAUCUUAAAUCGUUCUUUGUAGAGGGGAUGACGGAAGGAAUCCCACUGGUGCUGACGGUGGUCCCAAAAACCCAGGCUCAUUCCUUUAUGACCCAGGGAUCUCCAGACAUACUGGUGACAGUGAGUUCCAACGGGCUCUUGGGAACCCACGGGUGGCUGCCAUAUGACAAGAACAUAUCUAACUACUUCAGUUUCACCAAGGACCCCACUGUCUCAAAUGUCAAGACCCAGCGUUUUCUAUCUGGCCCGUUUGCCCUUGGUGCCGAGCUGUCUUCUAGAACUUUAGUUGUGUCCCAUGAUGCAAAACUGCUCUUCAGUGGGGGACACUGGGACAACAGCCUGCGGGUGACUUCUUUGAGCAAAGGCAAAGUCAUUGGGCACAUUACUAGGCACAUAGAUGUGGUAUCAUGCCUGGCACUAGACCUUUGUGGCAUCUACCUCAUUUCUGGGUCCCGGGACACCACGUGUAUGAUUUGGCAAGUUCUGCAACAGGGAGGGAUUUCCUUCGGCUUAUCCCCAAAGCCUGUACAAGUGUUAUACGGCCAUGAUGAUGAGGUGACAUGUGUAGCCAUAAGCACAGAGUUAGAUAUGGCUGUUUCUGGCUCUAAGGACGGGACCGUAAAUGUUCAUACAAUCCGCCGGGGGCAGUUUAUGAGGUGUAUAAAGCCCCCAUGUGAAAGUUCUCUGCCCCUGACAAUCUCCCAGCUGGCAGUCGGCUUGGAAGGACAAAUUGUCUUUCAGAGCACAAUCGAGGGCAGGACAUCUCUUAAGGAUAAAUUUACUCUGCAUUAUUACUCUGUCAAUGGGAAGCACCUGGCUACAGUGGCUGUGGAGGAGCAGAUAACUGCUCUGUGCAUCACACAAGACUACCUGGUUUUGGGGACGAUGCAGUGUUCACUGCAGAUCAGGGAGCUCCGUAGUUUGAAAACUGCAGUCCCCUCGCUGCCAAUGAAGGUUCCUGUGCAUUGUGUGUCCGUGACAAAAGAGAAUAGUCACAUCUUGGUGGGACUAGAAGAUGGGAAAUUAAUAGUUGUGGGAGCUGGUCAGCCCCUGGAGGUGAAAACUGGGCAGUUCUCAAGGAGACUGUGGGGAUCAACACGGCGCAUUUCACAGGUAUCCUCUGGUGAGACCGAGUACAAAGCAACAGAGUCCAAGUAAAAAAUGGAAGUUUACUUUGGGGACAUUUCUGGUGCCUGCGAGCGCCUUGCAGAAAGCAUUGGCCAACAAUCUGAUAAUGGAGAGAAGAGCCUUUGUGCAGCGGAGCUGUAUAAUAUUUGGUGGUGGAUAGCAGGGGCCUUGAUGAAUUUAUGCCUCUCCCUUCCACAGAAGAUCGGAGGGCUGAAAGCACUGGGUUUCUCUAAGACAGGGGUCCCCAACCUUUGUUACCCAUGAGCCACAUUCAAAUGUAAAGAGAGUUGUUGAGCAACGCAAGCCUGAAAAAAGUUCCUGGGGUAUCAAUUAAAGGCUGUGGCUAUUUGAUAGUUCCUAUGUGGACUGGAAACCUACAGGAGACUCUGUUUGGCAGUACAAAUUUGCCUCCAAGCCUAGAAUUCAAAAAAAGGCACCUUCUUUGAGGCCUCUGGAAGCAACUUCCAAGGGGUUGGGGAGCAACAUGUUGCACAAUUGUUGGGGAUCACUGCUCUAAGAAAUCACUAAAUAUUAGGCUGAUAAUUGGUGAGACAGUUAGUGUCGCUUCUUCACCCUAUUAAUGGACAGACACUGAAGCUGCCAUUGCCUUAAUGAAGAGGAAGAUUUUUACCCCUCAUUUUGUACAUUUUCUACACUGAAACAGACACUGCCUUUAUAAAGAUGACAGCUGGCAUUGAACUGCAUUACUACAGCAAUGUUUGCACCAUGCCAUUGUACUUCUUAUACUUUCUUUCAGCCUCCGCCAUAGUAUUCUAGCUCUUUGGCAGGAAACGGUUAAACAUGGCUGCUGAGAUCAUAUUUUGGACAGCGCAGAAUUGGCUUUCUUUCCUUUGCGUUGCCUUCGAUGAAUAAUGCACCGGUUGCUCAUUUUUUGGUUUAUUUUAAGAAUGGACAAAUCUUGUUAAACAAUGUAUAUAUUUUAUUGGAUUCAACUUUUUUUUUUUUGUCCUGGAAAAAAUGAGAGAGAGACCCAAGAAGAAACAUUUCUGCUAUGAUUUACUUGCACUUAAUGCCAUGUUUUGGUUGAUUGGUCUCACUGCAGUGCAGGUCACUGUUGCGAGAAGAACGUUAUCUCCUGGGGCAUUUGACAGCCAUAUUCUGACUCCAAGCAGACUUUGGGGGUAGAUGGAUUCCUAUUGUGAUGGUGAAUGAAUCACAUCCUAUGCAGGAUUGUUACUGGAGCUGCAAAUGAUUUUUCAGGCAUAUGUUUUUUUAAUGUUUUCAUGGCUUUCAAAAUCUAUUGUGAUUUUUUUUUUUUAAAGUCUACUGCAAAAAAACCUGUACUUUUCAGCAGGAUAUUUAUUGCAUUAAUACAAUUUUACGGUUACAGAUAGAGGAGGGACAUUUGAAGAGACUGUUUACACUGAACAAGUUGGGUUGCAGGUUUGUGCUCACAUUGCACACGGUGUAUUAAUGCAGUAACCACAGGAGAAGUUCUCCUUUUAUACACUAAUAUUAUCAGACUCCCCACGUGUUUUUAUGUUCUUACAAUGCAGAAAUGACAUU